AUCACCACGACUGGCGAGCCGAAUUUCGGGCCGAAUCUGAGUUCAGGCGGGAGACCUUCCGGUCGUGUCGGCUGCUUCUUGGCUUGUGUUGCUCGAGUUCGAAGCGCAGCAUGGAACGGCGGCAACGCAGCGCACACUCACGCCGCUCGCUUCAACCUUGCCCGAAAUCCUCUGAGUCUGCUUGAUGACGUCAACGGGCCGCCGAAUUUCGCGUCGUCCACCUAGAAUUUGGCAUUUGAUCAUUGACGGCCAGUCCGAAAACGGCGGAUUUUCGGCGCGUCUCGGCAAAAGAAGCGGCCAAACAGACACCUUACCGAUGCAUUACGUGUGCAGUCACUUUGCCUUAUAAGGCGAAUUCAAGAAAAAAACAAGUGCAUGCUUGCAUACGUCAUACGGAUGGUUGAAAGAAUUCCAUUUCUAUUCGAUCUUGCGCAAAUUGUUGAUCUUGCGGUAAAACAAGCAGAUUUCACCUGAUAGGUGGCAGCACGGCAUGAGCACCAUCAAGGCUGGAUAGCCAAUAGCAACGCGAGAUUCACUACAGCUGGGUUUGUUUACAUUUUUGUUGAGUAAAGAAAGGACUCAAUGCUAUUUUAUGUUACUUUUAAUAUUCCGAAGGUUUUAUCAAACAACUGAAGUAGGUGAAUGGUAUUUCAAGAUGAGACUGCCUAUACUCCUGAACAGAUCUGGAUUCACCCAACUCCUUCGAAAAUCGUUUUCGACACAAUUUCAGUCAACUCCAUUCAUUUUGGAGAAACUUGCCCAUCGAUGUGUCAUAAGAGUGUCUGGUGACGAAGCGUUGCCCUUCCUACAGGGUCUGAUCACCAAUGACAUGCGCCACUUGGAGGAAGGAGCCCCCUCGAUGUACUGCAUGUUCCUGAAUACCAAAGGCCGAGUUAUCUUUGACUCGAUCAUCUACCAAGAAAACCAAGGCAGCUUGUUAGUGGAGUGCGACACAAGGGCUGAAGUCCAGCUGAAAAAACACUUAACAGUGUACAAAGUGAGAAGAAAAAUUGUGAUCGAGUCGUGCGGAUUUCCUGUCUACGGAGCCUUCGGAGACAACGCAGAGGAGUCUGUGCAAAAACUGACCAAAGGAAAUGAAAAUCUAGUCGCCUGUCGAGACCCAAGAGUCAAAGAACUUGGGUUUAGGAUCAUUGCCAGAAACGGCGAACUUGAAUCGACUGAAGAGCAAAACUACAAACGUCUACGAUUUAGUCUCGGAGUUGGGGAAGGAGUGGAGGAGCUGCCGUCCGGCAACUGCUUUCCAAUGGAGGCCAACUGUGACUACAUGCACGGCGUCAGCUUCCACAAAGGGUGCUACAUUGGCCAAGAACUGACCGCCAGGACACACCACACAGGAGUAGUGAGGAAAAGACUGAUGCCACUGUUCUUCGAGCCCAGGAAAAGUCUUCCGGCGCUGGAAUCGCCAAUAUUGGACCCGCAGGGUAAAAAUGUUGGGAAGUUGAGAGGAUUGUGUGAAUCUGGGGUGGGAAUUGCUUUACUCAGGGUCACUGAAGCGCUCAGGUCGGCCGACAACUUGCAAAUUGGCGACCUGAACGUAAAAACACACAGGCCGCAAUGGUGGCCGUCGGAAUUGUCAAAAGAUAGACCUGAAUUUUAGGUAAAAUACAAUUUUGAGAUUUUAAUCACAAA